ACGAGGCCAUUAUUGUGAAGGCGGUGGCCGGAAGUGUUCGUAUGACUGUUGCUGCCUUGAUGGUGUAGCCAAACGCAGAUUUUUUUUGGGGGGGGCUUUUGCACUUUCACGCUGGACUAACUGUUGGCGUCAAAAUGAGCUCCAUCGGGACCGGGUACGACCUGUCGGCGUCCACCUUCUCUCCCGAUGGGCGAGUCUUCCAGGUGGAGUACGCCAUCAAGGCUGUGGAGAACAGCAGCACAGCCAUUGGGAUCCGCUGUAAAGAUGGCGUCGUGUUUGGCGUGGAGAAGCUGGUUUUGUCCAAACUGUAUGAGGAGGGCUCCAACAAACGCAUCUUCAACAUUGACAGACACGUCGGCAUGGCCGUGGCGGGCCUCCUGGCGGACGCUCGGUCGCUAGCUGAGGUGGCCCGCGACGAAGCGUCCAACUUCCGCUCCAGCUACGGCCACGACAUCCCUCUCAAGCACCUGUCCGAGCGCGUGGCCAUGUACGUGCACGCCUACACGCUCUACAGCGCCGUGCGGCCCUUCGGCUGCAGCUUCAUCCUGGGGUCUCACGACAAAGACGACGGGCCGCAGCUUUACAUGGUGGACCCCUCGGGCGUCUCCUACGGUUACUGGGGGUGUGCGAUUGGAAAAGCCAAACAAGCCGCCAAGACAGAAAUUGAAAAAUUGCAGAUGAAGGACAUGACGUGCAAGGAGCUGGUCAAAGAGGUCGCCAAAAUCAUCUACAUCGUUCACGACGAGGUGAAGGACAAAGCGUUCGAGUUGGAGCUCAGCUGGGUCGGAGAAAUCACAAACGGACGGCACGUGCUCGUCCCCAAAGACAUCAGGGAGCAAGCGGAGAAAUACGCCAAGGACUCGCUGGAGGAGGAAGACGACUCUGAUGAAGACAACAUGUGAACCCGCUGACCCGUUUGUUCUUGUUUGUUUUUCAUGUUUUGUAGUUUUGCUUUACGAAUAAACAAAGUUGUUUCCA